UCUAUUUCUGAUUCAGCUAGUAUUCUGUGUACACUCUUACAAAGAAACUUUCACUAUAUUAUAUUACUUAUUCACUAACUUUUUUCAUUCUUUAAUCAUCUUCUUCAUUGUCAUUAUUAUUAAUCAUUAUUAUUUUAUUCAAGAUUUCUGCUUCUUCUUCUGUUUAACAUCUUCUAUCUGUUUAUCUAUUAUAUUAUAUAUAUUUCUGACAAUGACUCUCUAUUCUUAUAAUAAGUGUUAUUAUAGUACUUAUACUGAGCAGUUCAUUAGCA